AAAUCAGCACCUUCUUAAUACUUUGACCUUUAGCAUGUGUGUGAAGCCUAAAAACAUGGAGACAAGCUUUGUAUAGUAGUACAGUAAUGGCAGACAGAGGGAAGAAAGGGUCACUCCCUUGGGGCUUGAGUAAAGAUGGCUUGAAACCAAAUUCAGUCCAGUCGAUCUCCAAGUCGAAACUGGCUGCGUUCAGUAUGGGGAUGAUGAACCCUCUCAAGAGAGCGGCUAUCAAAAAAAAGGAUGAGAAAAAGCUAGACAAGAAGAUGGCUGAGGCCAAAGAGACAGCUGAGGUGUUCGAAGAGUUUGUGGCUUCCUUUGAGGAUACAGGAACUGAAGGGAAGGCAUUUGUCAGAGGGUCCACCUUCAACCCAGAGAAGAGAGAGAAGGCAGCUAGUAUGAGCGAGAGACCCAAGUCAGGGGGACUCUACAAACCACCCGGCCGGUUCCAACCCGAGAAGAAAGAGGAGCCAGCUGUUCUGCUCAAACCCACCGCUGUGAAUCAGAAACCACAGAAGAAAAAAGGAACUGGAAAGAAAAAGAGUAUUUUGGAACUUUUCAGAGAGGAACUAAAGAGAGCCCAGACUGAGCGUAAGGAUCGUCACGCCAAGAGAGAGGCGGGAGUCAUAACGUUGGACGAGGCUGACGAGCCCGAACCUAGUAGUGAGAUAUUUGAGGUGGAGGAGUACAAGUCCCUCAAGAGUGGGUCCCUCGGUACGGGGGAUUCCCUAACCACAAACCUCUAUGUGGGAAAUAUCAAUCCUAAUUUGAAUGAGGAGAAACUGUGUCAGAUGUUUGGCAAGUUUGGGCCACUGGCAAGCAUCAAGGUGAUGUGGCCACGGACAGAGGAGGAGAGAGCCAAAAACAGGAACUGCGGCUUUGUGGCUUUCAUGAAGAGGGAGGACGCAGAGAAAGCCCUCGAACAUUUCAAAGGUACGACCAUCAUGGACUAUGAGGUGCUGGUGGGGUGGGGCAAGGCAGUGCCCCUCCCCCCUCAUCCAGUCUACGUACCUCCGGAUAUACAAGCUGAUGAGAAAGCCAAACACCCUGACCCCCCCUCUGGUCUGCCCUUCAACGCUCAGACCAUCAAAAAGUCGGGGCAUAAAAAAUCAGGCUACGUGACUGUUGCCCCUCCUGGAUCUGCCCAGGACUCUCAGAACGACAAUAAGGAGAAGAGCUUUGAAGAUACGCUGUUUGACGCUAUGAUUCGAGUGGUGAUACCCACUGACAUCAAGCUGCUCCGUCUCAUCCAUCGUGUGAUAGAGUUCGUCAUCAGAGAGGGCCCAAUGUUUGAGGCCAUGAUCAUGAACAAGGAGAUCAAUAAUCCGGUGUACCAAUUCCUGUUUGACAACCAGGGCCCCGCCCACAUUUAUUACCGCUGGAAGCUCUUCUCCAUCCUACAGGGCGACUCUCCUGAGACUUGGUGCACUGAGGAUUUCAGAAUGUUUGUGCACGGGUCACUAUGGAAACCACCCCCUCUCAAGAAUCUGAGGAUGAAACUAUUACCCCCCGUGGAGGAAGAUGCUGUCUUGAAGCGAGGACAACUCUCUGCCAGCAAGCGUGAUGAUCUGGAGGACCAGCUGCGACGUGUUACCAUGGAGAGGGGAAGUAUUCGCAAGAGUAUGGUCUGGUGUCUAGAUCAUGCUGACUCAGCAGAGGAGAUAGUUGACUGCAUUAGUGAGUCACUGACCAUUGCUGCCACACCCCUGCCCAUGAAGCUGGCUCGUCUCUUCCUGGUCAGCGACAUCCUACACAACUGCAGCCCCACAGUCCGCUACUCGUCAAACUUCAGGAGAGGGUUUGAGAGUAAACUGAACCAAAUUUUCGAGCACUUCAGCACUUUGCUUCAAGACAUUACAUCCAGAAUGAGGGCAGAGAACUUCAGGCGUCGAGUGCUGGCAUGUGUCAAGUCCUGGGACAUGGUGUCCAUCUUCCAUUUCAACUUCCUCGACAAACUCAGAGAGACGUUUUUCGGCAAAACUCAGGAGGAGGUGGCAAAACAGAAGGCCUUUGACACAGUGGCAGCCCUGAUGGCUGCCAAACCAGAAGGGGAGGGGCCUAAUGUGAGUGAGAUCGAUGGGGUCCCUCUGUUUGAUGACCGACCAAUAGACUUCAGUGGGGUGGGGCAGAACAUUGAUGGAGUGCCCCUCGACCAGGAGGACCUUGAUGGUACCCCCCUACAUGUACCUGAGCAGCCUGCCAUGAUUGAUGAUGAUAUGAUUGAUGGAGUGCCUCUCAGCAAGGAAGCAAGUGACAUCGAUGGGAUACCUAUGGAGGAGCCCUCUCCUCCACCACCUUUACCACCUCCUGAGCCUGUGGUGCGCUCCAAAUGGGAGCUGGUCGACUACGACUCUGAUGAAGAGGAGGGAGAGGAUCCAGGUAUUGUGGUGGGUCAGAGCCAGGACACUGAGAAACAGCAGCUGCUGGCAGAGCUCGAGGAGAAGAAGAGAAGAAUACUCAGAGAUGUUGAGGUGAAGGUUGUGGAGUUGUCUGAUGCUCUCGAGUCCACUGGUAGUUACAGCAAGGCUGAUAUCACUCUGAGAGUGGAUAAAUAUAGAGACAAGCUCAUGAAUGAGGCGGUCCAACCCAAAAUUACUCCACCCACUUCUCCCAGGGGGAGGUCUACGUCACGGUCCCCUUCCCCAUCUAUUCUAGCUAACUACGAGCUGGAGGAUAGCCCGCGAAAGUCGAGUAAAAGUAGAUCUCCUAAACGCUCUCCUAAAAGGAAACGCUCCAAGAGCCCUCAGAGGGAAAGUCCCUCAAAAGACCGUUCACGGAAGAGGUCACGCUCGCACAGCCCCCCUCUCAAGCGAAGAAAGUCCAGUGAGCGAAGCACUGAGCGAAAACGAUCUCCAUCACCGUCCAGACGAAGGUCUCGCAGUCCUAAGCGGAAGAGGUCACGAGAGAGAAGUCCUGUUGGAAAGAGGUCAUCUUCUCCUUCAACAAGGAAACGAUCUAGAACACCUCAGAAAAGCAGAAAGAAAUCACCAUCACCUUCAAGAAAAAGAUCGCGGUCCCGAUCCCCCAAAAGUAGGAAAAGAUCAUCUUCUCCGUCACCGUCACGGAAAAGGUCGCGUUCUAGAUCCCCUCAAAAGAGAAAAAGAUCGGCUUCGCCCAGUAGGAAACGGUCAAGGUCGCCAAGGAAACGGUCCUCAUCUCCAUCAAGAAAGAAGUCACGAUCGAGGUCACCGCAAAGGAAGAGAUCUCGCAGUCCAAGAAAAAGAUCUCAUAGUCCAAGGAAGAGAUCUCGUAGUCCAAGGAAGAGAUCUCGUAGUCCAAGGAAGAGAUCUCGUAGUCCAAGGAAGAGAUCUCGUAGUCCAAGGAAGAGAUCUCGCAGUCCAAGGAAGAGUAGAAAUCGAUCAAGAUCACCCAAAUCCCAGCGGCACAAGUCACGGUCCAAAUCUCCCAGUAAGAGCUCUAAGAAGAAGAAACGUAGUCGCAGUAGAAGUCCACACAAGAGCAGCAAGUCAGGCAAGAAAUCAAGCCGCCAUUGAACUCUUUCAUGCCAUGACUAUGACGUUGUUUUUGUUUUACAAAUUCUGUUCUGUUGUUGCUCUUGUGUGCUUUGCUCCUAUUUGAAUGUUGCCAAUGAAGUCUUUGAUUGUUUAAA